UAUUCUGUUACAUUGUAGCAAAAUGGCGACUGUCAUUCACAACCCCCUGAAAGCGCUCGGCGACCAGUUCUACAAAGAGGCGAUCGAGCACUGUCGGAGCUACAACUCGCGGUUGUGUGCCGAGCGCAGUGUCCGGCUGCCCUUCCUGGACUCGCAGACCGGGGUGGCCCAGAACAACUGCUACAUCUGGAUGGAGAAGCGGCACCGGGGCCCAGGCCUUGCUCCGGGCCAGCUGUACACAUACCCCGCGCGCUGCUGGCGAAAGAAGAGAAGAUUGCACCCUCCUGAGGAUCCGAAGCUGCGGCUGCUGGAAAUAAAACCUGAGGUGGAGCUGCCCCUGAAGAAGGACGGGUUCACCUCAGAGAGCACCACGCUAGAAGCCUUGCUCCGAGGCGAGGGGGUUGAGAAGAAGGUGGACACCAGAGAGGAGGAGAGCAUCCAGGAGAUACAGAGAGUCUUGGAAAAUGAUGAAAAUGUAGAAGAAGGAAAUGAAGAAGAGGAUUUAGAAGAGGAUAUUCCCAAGCGAAAGAACAGGACCAGAGGACGGGCCCGUGGCUCUGCUGGUGGCAGGAGGAGGCAUGACCCCGCCUCUCAGGAAGACCACGACAAACCUUACGUCUGUGACAUCUGUGGCAAGCGCUACAAGAACCGACCAGGACUCAGCUACCACUACGCUCACACUCACCUGGCCAGCGAGGAGGGGGAUGAAGCUCAAGACCAGGAGACCCGGUCCCCACCCAACCACAGAAAUGAGAACCACAGGCCCCAGAAAGGACCGGAUGGGACAGUCAUUCCUAAUAACUACUGUGACUUCUGCUUGGGAGGCUCCAACAUGAACAAGAAGAGUGGGCGGCCUGAAGAGCUGGUGUCCUGUGCAGACUGCGGACGCUCUGCUCAUUUGGGAAGAGAAGGCAGGAAGGAGAAGGAGGCAGCGGCUGCAGCACGCACCACGGAGGACUUAUUCGGUUCCACAUCAGAAAGUGACACCUCAACUUUCCACGGCUUUGAUGAGGACGAUUUGGAAGAGCCUCACUCCUGCCGAGGACGCCGCAGUGGCCGGGGCUCGCCCACAGCAGACAAAAAGGGCAGUUGCUAAACCCAUGAAUGGACUCUCUGGGCAAUUAGCCAUCACCCUCUGACUUGGUCAUUGUUCUGGUUCUGACACAUUUUUUAAAAAAUGAAAGACAACCUUAGGUUUUCCCUUCAUCCUUGCUUUUUCCUCUUGCCUUCCACCCAUCCCUUCCCCCCUGCCCUCGAUUUUGAGUAUGUACAGCAGAAGCACAAACUACUGAAACAAAACAGAACAAAAGAGCAAACUAGUCCUUCAGAGAGAUGGCCUCGUGAUGUGCUGUUUAUUUUCCAGAGCAAUGAGAAGUUAGGCGAACUGUCUCUCGGGGGAGGGGAUCUUUUUGAUAUGAGCAGAGUUGAUUUCCUCAGUGUUCCUAUUUAUUGGCAAAAUGAGGA